AUGUCUCAACGGCAUGCUGAUGAGCAGAGCUCAACUAUCGGUGGAGAUUCUCCCCAUGAUUCGCGUUUUCAGCGCCAAUGGACGACAAGGCAGUGGCAUUGCCUCAAGAAGUCCGGCACGGCCAUGAAUCUUACCCUCCAAGGCCCGUUUGCCUUUAAUACUCAAGCAGUUCGAAACGACAUCAGCUCGUCUUCCCCCGCUUCCCACUCGUUCACGAUUCAGGGCGAGCCAGAAGGAACGAUCCGGGACAUGGAGAUGCCCGGGAGCCUAGCAUGGUCCACGAUCAUGAAGAGAAUCUUGAACCGAACACUAAUGGAAGGACACCUUUCCUUUCUCCAGGAGGCUGCCGCACGGGCCACCACAAUCCGAGAAGCAUUCGAAAAAGAACGAAGGGAACACAUUCCUGGCGGCCUGUCCUUACUCGCAUUCGAUGCCUGCGGAUCAGUUUUUAUCGUCAUCCAUGAGUGCGAUGAGGCUUUUCACAGGGGACACUCCAUUCCUGAUAAAUGGAAGUGGGACACCAGACAACUCGAAGAUACCUUGUCGGAAAUAGAAGUCUUCAUCAAGAAAUGGACUACGCGUGGAGUGUUUAAGCGCUACUAUCGAAGGCGGAAAGACCAAGAGAAAGCUGCUGAAUUUCGCCGGUGUCUUGGGAAAAUGGCCUCAAGGAUUUCCACGGUGCGCGCCAAUACAACUAUCCAAGAAUCUGUCGAAGAGAUUAUUUACGAAAAGGUUCACCAACGGAACACUGCCGGAAUAUCAGCUAGCACGAUGCAACUCAUCGGAAAAUUCCUGGCGAGAUUGGGUGAGAACGAGCAGGACAAGAGUACGCUUCGCGGCGACGCUGUAGAUAAACACGGACAUGAAAGCUUUCACAAGAAGCGGCGAGGGCAGAAGUAUAUGAGGGGACCGAAGGUAACACGACAAGAGGAUGGACUCGCCCGCCGCCGUUACCAACAAAAGGGGAGAAGUCGAAGGCGGACACAUCAAAGCCUCGAUAAUCGUGCGCGGCCUCAAAGCGCAUCUCCCAGAAUCACGGGAGAGGAUGCUUCAGAAAAAUCGAGAUCACCGUAUUCCUAUCCAAACAGACGCUACUAUGUGCCGUCCCUCGGAGCGCAAGCCCCCCCAUCCGGAUACCCCCUGGGUACACCAUCCGGAUACCCCGUGGGCACGCCAUCCGGAUACCCCAUGGGCACGCCAUACAGCAUCCCCGUUCCAACGACUGAGCCAUGGAUUGAAGGCCAGUAUGGGGGACACGGGUAUUAUGCACCAUACGAGCCUCCCGUCGAAGCACCUUCUCAGAAUCCCAUACCACCCAUGCAGCGACGCGAGAACAUAGAAUCAAACUUACGCAAGCGGCCAAGCUCUCGUGGAUACACACUCUUGCCAACUAAAGCCUCUGACACCAGCAUAGCCUUGGCUCAGAGGAGUUCGUAUGCCAUGUCUGAGGAUGGUUAUACCUCAGAGGAAGAAGAUAACCUCACCUCCAGUGACGGCAGCUGGACGGGAGACGAGUACGACAACACGGAUUCUGAUGGAGACGGAUCGGUGGAAGAACUGCUUCGGAACGACCAUAUAUCAGGACGUAGCCAGUUCAGAAGAUCUCUAAGUCGUCGGAGGCCUCGCGCUAGAUCCACUCGGAGACCACCAUCGCGACACAGAAGAGUCCGAGUGCGCACUCCACGACACAAGCGCUCAAGCAGUUUAUUUGGUUCUUUUCGCGCCGCAGAGCCUGGAGCAUCCCAAACCACCCUUGGAAGCACUCGAGAGCUCUUCUCUCACCCAUCGUCAUCUUUUGGCAGCUUAAACGGCAGCGCCGUUUCAUUCGGGAGCGGGCCGACGCAAGUCACGAAUACCAACUCGUGGAACGUGCAUCACUACAAUAUCGCGCACAGUUUCACGGCGGGAGAACGUUCGGGUAUCAAAGAAGGGGCGAAUACAGGAAGAUCCCGUACCUACUGA